UUAUAGCGUUUUGUUGCCAUGGUUGUAAAGGUCAAAGGUGGCAAAGAUGGCGUCAUCUCGCCGGAUGUGAAAGUUCGUCUGCAGCGAGAGUUCAGAAUUUACUGGUAUUUCGGCAGAUUUAAAGUGAUUUCCGGUUCCACCUUGGCCUUGAGGCCACAACUUGACCGUUGGGCGCGUGGGUGUCGACAUGCUGGCGUGUGACCUUCCCGAGGCAGGGGUCAGGCGGGUCAGUGCCCUCCCGACCGCUGCGGAACCAGCCGGGUUCUGGAGCGGCGUGGCCGUGUGGGUGGACAAACCGCACGUGGUGAACCGCAGGCUGACCGGCGCAAAGGAAGUGGCCAGGAUUUGGACCAAUCACAGAGUCAUCAGCACCAUGCUGCAGCAGCCUAGGGUCUUUGCUGGGUUAUCUGAAGAAAGCCUGCAGAAAAGACUGGCAGAUAUGAAGAUGGAGGGAAGAAAUGAAGCGGAAGGAGAUGAUUUAGAACUAAUCAUAAGGGACUUGUUACCACGGCAACUGGAAAGGGCCAAGGUUGUCAGGGAAGUCGUUGUUUUGGAUCACCCCCGCAUCACGGCGUGGUUCAUUCCCCUGGGCAGCAGUUGCCAUGGCGACACAGAAAGUGAGCAGAGCUACAAGUCCUACAGAUUUGUCUACUCUGAAGAUCAAACAGGGAAAACUAUUGCACUAGACAUCCUGAGUCCACCAGGGGUCGCUGCUGCACACAGUCCUGACAGGAACUGCAGUACAGGGGGCGCUGCUGUACACAGUCCUGACAGGAACUGCAGUACAGGGGGCGCUGCUGUGCACACUGCUGAAGAUGACAGGAAGUGCAGCCCAGGGGGCGCUGCUGUACACAGUGCUGAAGAUGAUGGCAUCUGCAGUCCAACUACAAAAUGGCUGUGCGACCAUCUGCUCCCCAAGAUAGCCAAGUGGUCGGCUGAUGUUGCUCCUGGCGGCCGGAGGCGGGUGCAGGCCCUGGUGCCCAUCGACAGGUACAACAUCAGGUACCAGCAGCUGAAGAGGAAGUACGGCAGGAGGAUGAUGCAGGUCUGGCCGGACGUCACCACCACAGAUCCAGAGAAGUUUGUGUACGAGGAUAUCGCCAUAGCAACGUAUCUCCUGCUGUUGUGGGAGGAAGAGAGAAGCCGACUGAGGCUUGAGGAGAAGCAGUCGUUUGUAGACCUGGGCUGCGGCAACGGACUUCUGGUGUACAUCCUGGCUCAGGAGGGGCAUCCUGGAAAGGGGAUUGAUGUGAGGAAACGCACCACGUGGGACAUCUUCGGACAGGGCACAGUUUUACAGGAAGAGCCAAUCACGCCAUCUGACAGCUGCCUGUUCCCGGACUCUGAUUGGCUAAUUGGUAACCAUAGUGAUGAGCUGACUCCAUGGAUACCCGUCAUAGCUGCCAGGUCCUCCUACACCGCCCGGUACUUUGUUCUGCCCUGCUGCCCGCAUGACUUCCACGGCAGGUUUGCGCGCACACACACGGCCACCAGCCACUACAGGAACUACCUGGACUAUGUGUGCUCCAUCGGGCAGGCCUGCGGGUUCACUGUGGAGGAGGACAGCCUCAGGAUCCCAUCCAC